CGAAGUGACGUAGUUACGUCACUAUACGUGACAGGAAGCUACCGGUCAGCUGAGAGACCAACUACAACGUCUGGAGAUUUCGACAGUAAAAAGAUGGCCUACCCAAAAUCCCACAACCCAUUUGCUGAUGAUGAUGACAAUGAGGAAGAUUUUAAACCCAAAAACAGAGGCUUUGAAGAUGAAGAUGACAGCGGGUUGACAGAUGCGGAGAGAAGGCAGAGGUACCUUCAGCAAGAAGUGAUGCGCACAGCAAAGUCAGCAGUGGACAGCAGUUAUCGUUCGAUCGGUCUCAUCUAUGAAUCUGAGAAGAUGGGUGUGGAGACUGCAGAGGAGUUGAUGCGACAGGGAGAGGCCCUGAAGAGGACGGACAGGAUGUUAGACAACAUGGAGGAGGAUCUGAAAACCAGUCAAAGGCAUAUCACCAGUAUCAAGAGUGUGUGGGGAGGAAUCGUCAACUACUUCAAGGGAAAACCAGAAACAAAGCCUGCACCUGAACAGCCAAAGGUCUACCAAGCUAAUGAGAGACUACAGACUGCCAUGUCCAGCAGCAAAGAACAUGAGGAUAAAUACCAAGCAAGUCACCCCAAUCUAAGAAAGUUGGAUACAGGAGGUUUUGGAGCUGCUGCUUCCAUGGAUGACAGCUCAUCCAGACAGAAUGGAUACCCGCAGAACAGAUACCUAAAGGAGGCUCACCAGACCCUCGACAACAAUUUAGAUGAGAUGUCCAGUGGUUUGGCGAGACUGAAGAACCUCGGACUGGGGCUUCAGUCGGAGAUUGAAGAACAGGAUGACUCCAUCGGUUCCCUGCUCAACAAAGUGGACAAAAUGGAUCUGAAGAUUAACGCUACCAACCAGCAAAUUAAAAACCUCAAAUAAGACUGGACUGCUCCAAUUUUAGACUUAAAUUGGCAAUGUGAAUCUACAUACAAAGUCUCACAUGUGAUCCCUCCUUCUGGCCUUUUUAUUAAAGAAUAGCCUGUU